AUGAGCUCGAGGCUGGACUUCACGGAAAAGGACGCGGGAAAAAACGCUGCACAGAGCACCAACGUUAAUUUCUCAGACAUAGAGUCGUCGAGCGGGUACGAAAACAAGCUGUGGCUUAACUCGCCACUUUCAGGGAACCGCAACGACGGAUACCCAACGCACGAGUUCAAAGGACUGUCGCUGCCGAGCGCGAACGAUCUUCCACUUUCGGCGGACAUAGUACCGCUGAAAAUAUCAAACGGCGCACAAGAUGAGGUGGGCUCGGACGAGUUUGACGUCAUGGUCAACGACCUGCGAAGCAUCUUCCUGUGCUGGCUCAAGAAAACGCAAAACAGCCUAAAAUCGCAGCGCGAAAACUUAAUCAGAGAAGCAGAUGAACUGCAAAAGGAGAAAAACGCAUUUGUGCAGAAGAUUAAGCAGGAGAGAGCAAUAGAAGCAGAAAAGCUAGCAGAGGACAGAAGAAGACAGAACGCAGAAAUAGCGUCACAGCUUAAGCAAAUACAAAUAGAAAGAGAAGACUCGAGAAGAAGAAUAGAAGACGAUUGGUGUAAACUGGAACACGAAAAAGACGUAUUCAGAAAAUAUAUGCAACUGGAAGCGGAAAAGUUGAAGCAGAGAAUAGAAUUGCUGGAACAGGAAAAGAGGAAAGUGGUGGACAGUAAAAUAGCAUCUGAGACGAUGGUGGACAUAAACGUAGGAGGAGUGGUGUUUGAAACCUCGAGACACACGUUAACGAGGCAGGAAAACAGUUAUUUAAACGGACUGCUGAGUGGCAGAUAUGAGAUAGGAAGAGACAGGCAGGGAAGAAUAUUUCUGGACAGAGACUACGAGUUGUUUAGAAUAAUUUUAAACUUUUUGAGGAAUCCAACGUCGUUGCCAAUACCAAGUAGAGAUUUGACGGAAAGCGCAAUGAUAUUGGACGAGGCUAAGUACUACAAGAUCAAAUUCAGCCCGUACCCGCUGGUGCUGUGCUACGGAGGACAUAACGGGAAGGAGCACCUUAAGUCGAUGGAGUUGCUGGACAUGGAGAGCAAGGUCUGGAGAAACUGUAACCCGAUGACGACGGAGAGAAUGUAUUUCGGAUCAGGAGUGCUUAGCAACUUUUUGUACGUGUUCGGAGGACAGAACCUGGACUACAAGGCACUCUGCGACGUGGAAAUGUACGAUAGGCUGAGGGACACAUGGCAAGCAGCAGCGCCACUGAAGCACCCGAGGAGAAACAACGCAGGAAUGACGCUCGAGGAAAGAAUAUUCUGCGUCGGAGGAUUCGACGGAAUGAACAUACUGGACUCGGUGGAGACUUACGACAUGAGGAUGAAAAACUGGAUACCAGUGGCGCCGCUUAAAGUGCCGAGGUCGUCAGCAAUGGUGACGCACCAAAACGGCUCUCUGUACGCAAUCGGAGGCACCAACGGAGAGAGGCUGAAGUCAGUGGAGAGGUACGACGUGCGCAAAAAUGAGUGGGAGCUGAUAAACAACGGACUGCUGGAAGUUAGGUCGGCAGGCUCAGUGUGCACGUACCUGAACGAGAUGUUCAUAGCGGGAGGAAUCGACAACCUGCAGUCGAUUCACUCCUCAGUGGAGACGUGGGACUCGAAGAACCAGACGAGCUCGUUCCUGAAGGACGUGCCGGUGCCGGUGAUGGACGGAGCGAUGGCGGCGACUCCGCACAGCGUGGUGCUGGUGGGAGGCCAGAACACGAAGAUACUGGACUCGACGUUCUUCUACCAGCCUGAGUCGGACCAGUGGACGCAGGGACCGAACCUCAUUAUGCCGAGGUACGGACACUGCACUACCGUACUUGACUUUUAA